UCCUCUCUCUCUCUCCCGUUGGUAAGAGCAAAAAUAGCCACAAGAACUCCGCCCAAAAAUGGCGGAACUGGAGGAUCCAAGAUUACUACUGCCACAAACCAUGCAACACGAGGACAAAGCUCAAACACAGAGCCAGGGAAAACCAAACUUCUGGGUUUACGCAGAAAUUUUUUUUCCCAGAAAUUCAUACUUCUGUGGGACAACUUCUGAUCCUCCCAUUCUCUUUGCACAUACGAUCAAACGCUCAUGUUCACGUAGCUGCAUUGCAGACAUUCAUAUUGGGAGUCAGAAUGGACGAAUCUGCAAAUAUCGUUGUUGGUUCCCAAAUAUGGGUGGGAGAUAUAGAAUCUGUUUGGAUUGAUGGAGUCGUAUUGAACAUUACUGGGGAAGAGGCUGAGAUCCAAACUAGUGAUGGGAGGCAGGUUGUUGUAAAAAUGUCAAAUAUAUAUCCAAGGGAUGCAGAAGGUCCUACUACUGGAAUCGAUGAUAUGACUAAAAUGUCAUAUUUGAAUGAGCCAGGAUUGCUGCAUAAUUUGGCUAUCAGAUAUGCAAUAAAUGAAAUCUAUACUUAUACUGGAAACAUUCUUAUUGCCAUCAACCCAUUCCAAAGUAUUUCAAAUCUGUAUGAUGCUUAUGUUAUGGAGCAGUACAAGGGAGCACCACUUGGGGAGCUGAAGCCUCAUGUUUUUGCAAUUGCUGAUGUCGCAUAUAGGGCUAUGAUAACUAAUGGGAAAAGCAACUCCAUUCUGGUGAGUGGUGAAAGUGGGGCUGGUAAGACGGAAACCACCAAAAUGCUUAUGUGUUACCUUGCAUUUUUGGGUGGCCAUGCUGCUUCUGAAGGACGGACUGUUGAACAACAAGUUUUAGAAUCAAAUCCAGUUCUUGAAGCUUUUGGCAAUGCAAAAACAGUAAGAAACAACAAUUCAAGCCGUUUUGGGAAAUUUGUCGAGAUACAAUUUGACAAGAAGGGAAGAAUAUCAGGAGCUGCCAUCAGAACUUAUCUUCUUGAGAGAUCACGGGUUUGCCAAAUAUCAGACCCUGAGCGGAACUAUCAUUGCUUUUAUCUUCUCUGUGCAGCUCCACCUCAGGAGAGAGAGAGAUAUAAGUUGGGAAAUCCAAAAUCAUUUCACUAUCUAAACCAAUCAAAUUGUUAUGAACUGGCUGGUGUGAAUGAUGCUCAUGAUUAUCUUGCUACAAAGAGAGCCAUGGAUAUUGUUGGAAUAGGUGAACAAGAACAGGAUGCAAUUUUCAGAGUUGUGGCUGCAAUUCUCCAUCUUGGUAAUAUUGACUUUGCAAAAGGAGAAGAGUCUGAUUCAUCAUUUGUAAAAGAUGACGAAUCAAAAUUUCAUCUUCACAUGACAGCAGAGCUUCUCAUGUGUGACCCCCAGGCACUGGAAGAUGCUCUUUGCAAGCGCAUGAUAAUUACACCAGAGGAUGUCAUUAAGAGAAGUCUUGAUCCGCUUGGUGCAACAGUUAGCAGGGAUGGCUUAGCCAAGACAAUAUAUUCUCGUUUGUUUGACUGGUUGGUAGAUAAAAUCAACGUUUCCAUCGGACAAGAUCCUGGCUCAAAAUAUCUGAUUGGAGUCCUUGAUAUUUAUGGUUUUGAGAGCUUUAAAACUAAUAGUUUUGAGCAAUUCUGCAUCAAUUACACAAACGAAAAGCUGCAACAACAUUUCAACCAGCACGUAUUCAAGAUGGAGCAAGAAGAAUAUGUAAAAGAGGAAAUUGAUUGGAGCUACAUUGAAUUUGUCGAUAAUCAAGAUGUCCUGGAUCUCAUUGAGAAGAAACCAGGUGGAAUUAUUGCUCUCCUUGAUGAAGCUUGCAUGUUCCCAAAAUCAAAUCAUGAAACAUUUUCACAAAAGCUGUACCAGACCUUCAAGAACCAUAAACGCUUCAUCAAGCCAAAAUUGGCUCGCUCAGAUUUUGAAAUUGUCCAUUAUGCAGGAGAUGUUGUAUAUCAGUCCGAUCAGUUUCUUGACAAAAAUAAAGAUUAUGUUGUCACUGAACAUCAAGAUUUGCUAAGUGCUUCAAAAUGUUCUUUUGUUGCUGGUCUCUUCCCUCCUUCUCCUGAGGAGACAGCCAAGCCAUCAAAGUUUUCUUCAAUUGGCUCUCGUUUUAGGUUACAACUACAGCAGUUGAUGGAAACAAUUAAUUCAACAGAACCGCAUUACAUAAGAUGCGUGAAGCCCAAUACUGUCCUACAACCUGCCAUAUUUGAGAAUGCUACUGUUAUGCAACAACUACGUUCUGGUGGUGUUUUGGAGGCAGUUAGAAUCAAAUGUGCAGGCUACCCUACUCAUAGAACAUUUUCUGAAUUUUUAGCUCGAUUUGAAAUUCUUGCACCCGAGGUAUUGGAAGGGGACUAUGAAGAAAAGGUGGCAUGCGAAAAGAUUCUAGAGAAGACGGGGCUUAAAGGUUAUCUGAUAGGUAAAUCAAAAAUUUUCUUAAGAGGUAGACUGAUGGCUGAACUAGAUGCACAGAGAACAAGAAUAUAUGGUGCUGCUGCCGCAACCAUACAGAAGCAUAUCAGAGCUCGAAGUGUUCGUAAAAUGUACGUUGCCAUGCGAAGAAGUGGCAUUCGUGUACAAUCAUAUUGGAGAGGUGUUCUUGCUCGUGAGUUAUAUGAACUUAAGAGAAGGGAAGCAUCUGCCAUCAAAAUUCAAAAGAAUAUUCGUGGAUACCUUGCUAGGAAGGCCCAUAUUAAAACACGGUUCUCUAUUGUUGUUCUUCAGGCUGGUUUGCGAGCAAUGGUUUCUCGGAGUAAAUACAGACACAUGAGGCAAGCUAAGGCUGCAAUAGUUAUUCAAUCUUGUUGGCAUCAGUAUAGAAACUCUUCGGAGUAUAAGAUGAUUAGAAAAUCAUCAACCAGUUCACAAUGCAAAUCUAGUACAGGAACUGAUGGUGAAGGUCUUAAGAAGCACAGGAUGACCAACUCAGAAGAAACCGAGGAGGAUUUGCCUUGUUCGUUCCUUAAUAGUAGCUCAGACAUGAUUGAUGAAACAAUUGAAAUGAUUGCCAAGGAAAGCCAUGUUUCUCCAAAAGUAAUAGAAGAAGCAUAUUUUAUUGUUAAAGAACCAUCUAGUCCGGUUAAAGAUGCUGAAAAGGUAGAGACUCUCCGAGCAGAAGUGGCUAAUCUAAAGGCCCUGUUGCAAGCUGAAAGGCAAAGAGCUAAUGAGUGUGAAACGAAGUAUGUUGUAGUACAAAAAGCAAGUGAGGAAGGACGUAAAAAACUCAAAGAAACCAAAAGGAAGGUGCAUCAACUUCAAGACUGCAUAAACAGGAUGAUACGUUGCAUGUCAAACCAAAUUGUGGAGAUGAAAACGCUCGUGAAUACUUCAAACUCAGAUGCAUCUAGUUCUAUUCCAUACGAGGUUUCGACGGAUGCCACAUCUAGUUGCUCCGAUUCAUCAUCGACUGAGUUUGAUUUCACCUUUCCAGUUCCAAGUCCGCCUCCACCAACUUUCUCUUCAUUUGGUCCCACCAACUCUUUUCAGCUGCUAGUGCAGGAUAUUUCAGCUGCCGAAAUUCCAGGAUCUGACAGGGAGGGGGGAUUCUCUGACUACUUCUGACGCAGCUUCCUGUACAUUUCUUCUUCCUUCCAAAUAUAAUUAGGAAAAGUUGUCAUAGAAUCCCUCAGUUUUCAAAGGAAUUUUAGCAUAGCAUCUAGAUUAUUUUUUUGCUUCUUUUUCUUCGAUAAGAAACAAUUCACUUUUCAUUAAGAGAAUUGAAAAGCACUAGGAAGAUCACGGAGUUACAUGAAGGUUCUCCAAUUGGUCAACAUAGCAACUAGAUUCAAAUGAACUAAGAAUAGUAGAGAACUGCACAGAGAUUCAACUACCACCAUCCCUUUGGCCUUUUUUUAGCUCCCUUUUUUUCUCUAUCUUAUGUAUAGAAAUGUAAAUCCUCACUUGAAUUCUUAGAUCAUGUUUUCGAGGAUAGAUCAUGUUUUUAGUCCUCGAAGAAUCACUAAUAUUGUAUUUAUCAUCAUUUCACUAACUUCAUUCUUCAUGAUACUAUCAUCAAUUAAACAUAUCUUAAAAUGGCUUGAUUGAAUCGGCCACAAGAUCGACUUUUUGAAGAUCGGUGAGAUGAAAUUGGACAAAUAAGAGUGCUCCACCGUAGACUUGUAGCAA